GUUUGCCCACACAAACGGUCAUUUCUAUAUAGUAGAGAUAGAGAAUAUUCCUUUUUUUAAUUCCUAAUUCUUGAACAAGUGAAAAAAGGAGAUUCACAAAUUAACCGUUACCAACCACCUAAUUAUCCAGUAUCCACCUAUGUUCUUUACACAGCAACUCUCAAAACACUUUCACUCUUUCAAACACACUCCCAUGUUGUCACCUUCCUCAACAUCUCCAAACCCUAAAACCUUAAUUCUCAUCAAUGACAAAUUCAAGAACCCUUUUCACCAUUCAAUCUUCAACAAAUGCAUCUUUUUCUUCCCAUUUUACCCUCAAGAAACCUUCACAAUUACAACAAAAACCAUUCAAGAAACUCACUUUUAAUGUCCUCUGUUCUUCCCAAUCUUCAAAAACCCCACAAAAUUCAAAUCCAAUAUCUACCCUUGUCUCGAUUAUUCGUGUAAUACCUGAUUGGGCUGAUAAAAUUCAAGAAGGGGGUAUGAGAAAGAAGAGAUCUUUAUACAACCAUGAAACUUGGGUGCAACAUAGAAGUUCUUUAAGGCAUGUUAGGCACUUGUUUUCGAGCUUCAAUUCUCGAGUGAUUUUAUCGUUGAUUCCUCCGGUUAUAGCUUUUACUUCAUUUGCUAUAAUGAUUGCUAGUUAUAAUUCAGCUGUUUCAUUGCAUUGGUUGCCUGAGUUUUUCCCUGUAUUGAGAGCUAGUCCACAGCCUUAUCAAUUGACAGCUCCAGCUUUGGCACUUCUGUUGGUGUUUAGGACCGAGGCAUCGUACUCAAGGUUCGAAACAGGGAAGAAAGCUUGGACUAAAGUGAUUGCUGGAACAAAUGAUUUAGCUAGGCAGGUGAUUGGUUGUGUUGAUAAGAGGGAUGAUGUGCUUAAAGAGGCACUUUUGCAGUAUAUCAUGGCAUUUCCAGUUGCCUUGAAGUGCCACAUUCUAUAUGGCUCAGAUAUGGCUAGUGAUCUCAAAAACUUACUUGAGGCUGAUGAUCUAGCAGUAGUUCUCAGUUCUAAGCAUCGCCCUCGUUGCAUCAUUGGAUUCAUCUCUCAGAGCCUUCAGUCGUUAAACUUGGAUGGGACGAAACGGAGUCAGCUGGAGUCGAAGAUUUCUUGUUUCCAUGAAGGUAUUGGUGUAUGUGAACAACUCGUGGGCAUUCCUAUUCCUCUUUCAUACACUCGGUUGACGUCAAGGUUCUUGGUCCUUUGGCAUCUCACUCUUCCUAUAAUACUUUGGGAUGAUUGCCACUGGAUUGUGGUUCCGGCAACUUUCAUAAGUGCUGCUUCCUUAUUCUGUAUUGAAGAGGUUGGUGUCCUUAUUGAGGAGCCAUUUCCAAUGCUUGCACUUGAUGAGCUCUGUCAGCGUGUUCGCGACAACAUUCAGGAAGCAAUGGCAAAUGAAAAGCAGAUUCAAGAAAGAUUAAACAGCAAAAGAAAGAGAAGUUUUAGUGAACAUUCUCCAAAUGGUUGGCCAACUCCAUAGGCUGAUUAGGAACUACGGCUUAAACAAAAGACCGAAGUCUUGUCUAUCGUGACUUCAGCUACUGUACAGAAAGAGAGUGUAACAUACAUAAAUUUUCCACACCUGGGGAAAACAAGGGAAGACUUAUUUCUAUUUCCGUAUGUGUAAAUAUAUAGUUGAAAGUAUUUGUUCUAGAAAGAAAAAAAAAAUGCAUUGAGUUCAACUUCCAAAUUCAGUGACUUCAAAAUUGGAUUACAGAAUUCCCCCACAUGUACAAAAGUAUAUAUGAUCUCAUGUACUCUUGGAAAUAGCAGAAGAGACGUGAAUGAGGAAACAAUUUUCUCAGUUAGUCUAUUAAUCGCGAUCCCUCCUUUGGAGGAAGAGAUUGUAGUUUUGAGAAUAAAUAUUGUGUCGAUAUGAUA